CAGACGGAGCAGUAGUGCGGGCUCGGUAGGCUGGAUUGUGAUAGCGACAGAUGUCUAGAAAACUGUGAGGGGCACUCCUCAGUUAGUCCACAGUGCCAGACUGCACAUCGGAGAGCAGGGGCGGAAUCUGCAGCUGUCACUCCCAAGGUUUACCUCCAUUAUCACAUCCAGCCACAUCCAGGACAGUGGAAAAGAAGCCCAAGUGAAAUACAGGACACCAUGGGAGGCAAACUGAGCAAGAAAAGGAAGGGAUAUGAUGUGAACAACCCGAAACAGACCAAAGAUGAUAUUGCAGGAACGGCACCCACCGAAGCUGUGUUGACAGCUGAGGCAAACAAUGUGGCAGCAGCAACUGAAGCUGUGAAAGGUCCAGAAGAGACCAAUUCUGCACCUCCAGAGGAACCAGCUGCAGUAGCAGCAGAGGAGGCAGCUCCAGUAGCAAAAGAACCCGCUGCAGCAGCAGAGGAGGCAGCUCCAGUGGCAGAAGAACCCGCUGCAGCAGCAGAGGAGGCAGCUCCAGUGGCAGAAGAACCCGCUGCAGCAGCAGAGGUGGCAGCUCCAGUGGCAGAAGAACCAACUGCAGUAGCAGCAGAGGUGGCAACUCCAGUGGCGGAAGAACCAGCUGCAGUAGCAGCAGAGGUGGCAACUCCAGUGGCAGAAGAACCAGCUGCAGCAGCAGAGGUGGCAGCUCCAGUGGCAGAAGAACCAGUUGUAGCAGCAGAGGUGGCAGCUCCAGUGGCAGAAGAACCAAUUUUAGCAGCAGUGGAGAUUGCUCCAGUAGCAGAAGAACCAUCUGCAACAGCAGAAGAACCAACUCCAGAAGUAAAAGAACCAAUUGUGGCAGCAGAGGAAUCUGUUCAAGCAGCUGAGGAACCAGUUUCCGCAGAAAAGGAGUCGACCCUAGUUGUAGAGGAACAAGCUCCAGUAGAACUCAUAGAAGCUCCGGCAUCAGCAGAAGAACCUGUACCUGAGCCUGAAUCUGAAGUGCUCCCUGUCGAAGAACCUGGUUUAAAAGUAGAAUCUGGGCCAGAGCCGGAUAUUUUUCCUGCUAGUACUGAGAAAGCACCUGGGGAUCAAGAGUCAGAGCACCUCCCAGAGACUGUUACUGAAUCAGAAACCACUGUUGAGCCAGUGACUGAGCCAGCUGCAGAGCCAGUACUGGCGCAAGCCCCAAAAGAAGAGCAAACCCUUGAGCCAGAGCCAGAACAAGCUGCAGAGACAGAACAAGAACCAGAGCCAGAACCCAAACUGGAGCAAGCCCCAGAGCCUGUGCUUGAACAAUCACCAGAGCCAGAACCAGAGAAAGUACUAGAGUCAGAGCCUGAGCGAAAGGCGGAUGCAGUAGAAUCUGCAGCACAGCAACAAGUGGAAGAAGUUGAGCCAGAACCAAAUGUAGCCACAUCUGACAUUACUGAAAUUGAAACCAUAGAAGCAAAAACACCUGAGGUCUUGGAGCCUGCAGCAAAGGAGGUCACCACUGAUCAGCCAGUAGAGGAGGAAUCUGUUGCUACAGAAUCUUCCACCACUGAGGCAGCAGAGGCUUCUGAACCAGAAGCAGCAGAACCUGUCCCUGACAUUGUCAUCUCAGAGUCUGCCUCUGCAAGCGAAAUUGUCGCUGAGUCUGAAGAGAUAGCUGAAGCUUCUGUGGAAGAGGUCCCUCCCCAGGAGCCCGAGAUAGAGAGCAAGAUGGAAAAUGGAAAUUUGGAGAGUGGAUCUGUUACAGAGGAUGUGGCAGAAGUAAACCCACUUCCAGCUGUGAAUGGAGCGUGCACAGAUUCUUCUGUCACACAGACACAGGAAUGUGUUAAUGGCAAUGAAAAGCCAGAGGAGAUGCCUAUCAAGGAGCAGAGUGACUUUGAACUGAAAAAGGAUGUGAACCUGAGUGGGGAUGUCCAAGAGGUUCCAGUUGCAGUCUCUGACAUGAUGGAGGGUCUCAGCACUGAGGUCACACAGGCAGUCUGAAAAGAAGCCACCUUUCAAAUCAGUGUGAAUUCACUUUAAUCCCCCUAAGCGAGAAAGCCAUCAAGGUAUCAGAAAAACAGCAAAGGCUUUCUGGAAGGCUCUAACCACUGCAAUGCCUAUGGUGGUAACUCAGGCGAAUGGAUGAGUAACCAAAAAUGAAAUGAAACCACUGGAGGAUAGGAAGAAGGAGACAGACAGGCAGAGAGAAAAACAGACAGACAGAGCGAAAGAGAAAGAGAGAGGAGACUUGAGUUUGCAAUUUUAGGGUGAAAGCAAAUAGACAGGGAAACUGGACAGUGAGCAAAAUACUGAACAGUAAAUAUGAUAUCAAUGAAUGAAAUGAGUAAAUCUGUCUUUUUGUGUGAGCCCGAUGAAUAUUAUAAAGUGGUUAUUGGAAUACCAUUCAUUAUAAGUGUGUUAUCUGAUUUAGAAUGUCAUAUAUCCUUUCUCUUACUAUAUGCAGAGACCUGACAUAAAUGUUUUGGCCUUUUAUAAUAAUGGUACCUGUGAGGACUGUUCAUUUUGAAUUGAUUGUUCAGAAUAGAGAAUAAAAAGAGAGUAUUAUAGCUGGCAGUGAUCUUCUUUUCUUUUCACACAUUCUUUCAGCUUUCAGAGCUUUAUGCACUGGGGUACUAGUAAGUUUUAUUGUAAUUAAGCUCUAAGCUUUAAAUCAGACUUGGCUAUUAUUGAAUAAGUAAUUCUUAACUCAUUUCAAACUGUAAAAUUCAAGAAUGGGUUUUUGUCACUAUAGUUGUGGGAGAGGCAGAGCAACGUUAUUUGCAGAACAUCUAGGCUCUGUUAAUAUCAAACCACUUGUUGACAUCCACUGCCACUACAGCUCAUAUCAGCUGUGGUGGGUUAGAGUUUGACUGAUUGUUCAUAUCUACGAAGAGCAAUGUCCUUUAGGUCACUGACCAAAUUACAGAUAUUUUGGAUAGCAGACCAUGGCUGCCUGUGGUAUGCAGCCUGCAUGUCAUGCUUGGGCAAACAGAAGAAUUUCACUGUGCCUAGAGAAAUUGAGAAAUCAGUCCAUUUUCUGAUAUUCCUCACCUCUUCCUCUCUCACAUCACCAUGCCUAUCGCUGAGGCUCCAUAGCAGCACACACCGCCAACAUUUCACAGAGUCAUACCGGCAUGGGGAGCUAAAUGGGGGAGGGGCAAAAAAUGCUUGCAGGAGGCAGAGAAAAGGAAGAGGGGGAGGGGAGGGGUGUUCUGGGAUGAAAGCAAGUGCUAUGAUGCUGCACAGAGGAAAGAAAGAUGUCAAAAUAAAACCCUCUCUCUUCUGGUUGCGGACAUUUCCUAUUCUUUCAUAGACUGUAAUUAGACAAGCAACAGGGAUUAGGAUGGUAAUUGGUAGAAGUAAACAUGUUCUGACACCUACCUGAUGCCUUCUUGUAGAAUGCUGCCACGCCUGUUGCUCACACUAUGUCAGAGACUAGAGGGUCUUUGGCGUGCAGGUGCUAACGUACACACAUUAACAAGAGGGAGUAAAAUGAUAUUUAUGUUUCUGUGCAUCUGCUUCUGUGUACAUAUAUGGACAGUGUGUGAGGUGGAGGUUGAGCCUCAGUAAAGUAUGGUCGUCCAACCUUGAAAUAACUGCUAGGCCAUGGGUCAGAGCAUAAGAGGAGAUCUGAUAGUGAUAAAGGUUACCUCCCAUAGAAGUAGCUCCAUAAUGGGCCCAUCCACAUACCAACUCUCUCCAGUUCCUUAAAAAAAAAAAAAUACACCACUGCG